GCCGAGGCAAGCGCCGCUGCAGGGAGAGCAGGCCGGGCCAUGACCCCCGCGGCCCUCGGCUGCAGGCGCGUCGCCUGGUGUCCCUCACGGUUGCCAGCGUCCGCGCACAGCGCGCCCCAGGAAGCGGCCUGCAGAGGUGACACCAUGGGACUGAAGCCCUCCUGUCUGAAAGGCUUUAAGAUGUGUGUCAGCAGCAGCAGCAGCAGCCAUGACGAGGCCCCCGUGCUGAGUGACAAUCACCUGAGCGUUCCCCACAUCAUCGUUACGCCCCCAACUCCGACUGGAGUGGGGCUCUCCAGGGACUCCAAGCAGCCAGUCUGGAUGGAUGAGUUGGGGGCUUACCAAGAUGAUGGUGAAUUGGAGCCUGAAGCCUGAGAAGCUACCACGUGGUGGGACUUAUGUGGCAGCUCCUUGCCCCACUGCCCCUUGCCCUGGGUGUUGGGGGCACGGCUACCUGGGCAGCUGGAUGGGGACAGCGAACUGGGCCCUGGACAAAGACAGGGUUGGCCAGAGAGGAACGCAGCAGGUCUCUGGCCCCAGUUGAGCAGACAUCAUCUGUCACUUCCACGUUCUUGCCAACCCAGACCUUGGCUUGGUGAAGAGGAGGCCGUCCCGCCCUCCGGCCACUGCGAUCAUGGACCCUGGCCCUCAAGGGCACAGCAUACAAGGACUUCCCGCCAGAGGAGGCCCUCUGCUUUUUACAAGUUGUUUUACAGGUACGGAACCCAUGUCCUAAGCGAGAUUUAUAAAUAA